CCCCCGCCCCCAUUCUAUAACUUACAUAAACAAACAGCCGGCUUGAAUCGACUUCAGUUGCUCCUCGCAGGCGUUCCGAAGAACUUCGAGCUUCUACUCAAGGGAUAUCUUGUCAUUGCUCAGCCCAAAAUUUAAGUCCAUCGGUCUGAAAUUGACCACAGCAAUGAACUGAAUAGCAAUAGGAGAGUCAAAAUGCCUACUGUGAAGUGUCCUGUUCCUGGAUGUGACUACGUCACUGAUGACCUUGACGCUGUGAUCGUAGCUGCGCUCCUCACGACUCAUAGGACUGUACACAUUCCAAGGACAACUUCUGUUGUCACAGAAGUGAGAAGACCCACUUUACCGGCAACUGGGACAAGUGAAGACUGGUCUGACUUCAAAUCAAAAUGGUCUAAAUAUGUAGAUGCCGCAAAAAUCACUGGGCAGGAAAAAGUGCAGCACCUUCUGGAAUGUUGUGAUGAGCCACUACUCAGAAACUUAGCAAGCUGUGUAGGUGGAACACUUACUGAGAAGUCAGAGGAAGAAUUAUUAGCUGCUCUCAAAGAACUUGUUGUACAAGAAGAAAACCUGGUACUACCAAGAGAUGCACAGAGCAGCAGUCAUCAAGAUAAAAACGAACAUGGUACAUCUUUAGAAGAGAAACAAGGUAAUUUGCCACCGACCGAUGGUGUUGGUGACCCACAGCCUUUGGGGAAUACAGGGCAAAAUCAUAAAGAACUUCUUGAUAAAAACAAUGGUCAAUGGAAAACAAGGAAAAACAAGAAAAACAAGAAAAACGGAGGCAAUGCAGGCAAGAAAGGAACAUCAGCUAAAGUGUUACAGGCUGUGGACGUUCAAGAUAAGGUGGAAGAUACAGACAGUGAAAGUCUUCAGGUCACGUGUGAAGUGCACCAAGAACAACUCGCUGCAAAAAGGCAAGAGGAAUUGUUCAUUGAACUUGGACUGACAAAAUAUUUGAAAGGAAGAAAAAUUGUCCUGCAGGAAGUGAUGAGGCAGUCCUCUCACAAGAUCAGUUCUGUGAGUGACAUACCGUGGCAUGUCCUGUCUAAGAUCAUGAUGCUCGAUUGGAGGGGGAGAGACGACAUUACUUCAACUGAUCAGACUGUACAAGAACGUGGUAAGGACUUAGUCACUGAUGAUAUGGAGGAAAUAUUAUCUUUGAUAACAGAUAACACUUCACCGAAUGUUCUCUCCUCAAUGCCACACCCCAUGGAUGUUCUUAUUGCAGUCAUCUUGUGUUCGUCGAAUUUCCUACGGCAGAUUAUUUGUGAGAAGCUAUUCAUGUGCAAACUAAGCAUUCCUUUGGUUAUACCCUCAGUCUUGAAAGAAGACCCUUUGUUUCUUCUUUGGGCUUUAAGAAGCACUGUCGCAGAAUUUAAGCUUCCAGGUGGAGGCUUUUGCGAAACGUCAGUUGUUAAGCAUCAUGUCCCUAUCGUGUCAUGUUUAAGGGUAGGAGAGAUUCCAAGAUCCAAGUCCAAAUUCCUCAAUGAACUAUUAAAUGAUCAAAGCCACCCUACUUUCUUUCACCGAGACUGCCAAAAUGGAAUGAACACGAGGAUUCUCUCAGAAGGGGCGUUAGAAAUUUCAUGGUACUUUCCCCCACAGCAACUUACGAAUGCUGAUCUAACUGGUAACGUAGUUUUCAUGAACCUUCGUGGGGAUGGGAAUUCAGCUAAGACAGUCAAGAGCAUGGAGUUUUUGUGCAGAAUUUCGAGUGUUGUCUUAGUGAUGACUGAUAUUGAGGGCAUAGGAAAUUCUUACAAAAUGGACAGUUUAGUAUCAAAAUUAUCCCAAGAAACAAAAUUGAUCCUCAUGCUAAUGAAACAACCCAAAACUAAAUUUGAUGGAGAGGGUAAAGAGAGAAUAACAAAGCUUUCGGAACAAUUAAAGUUCAAGGGGAUGCAGCAUUUUAUUACCUUAGACUUCGACACCAGAGGAGAAUUGAACAUUAAGGAUUUAAAAAGAAAAACUAAUGCCCUAAUUAAUAGAUGCCUGGCUGAAACUACUAUAAAGAGAACUAUUGAAGAGUGUAAAGAGGAGGCUGACGGCUUGAAGAUUAUUGUUGAUGAAAGCUCCUCAGAAUGCAGUAAAAGCCAAAAGAUAUCAGCACAGGUCAUUGAAGAAAUUUGUAGAAAUGGCAUGGAUAAUCUUAAAGCCAAUAAUUUACCAUUGCAAUGUCAACCCUGGCAAGAAUGGGCUGAAUUGAAUAAAGAAAGACAUAGACAAAAGAGGAGAGGAAACGACAGUAUGGACUCUUAUACAGACAAGAUUUCAAACGAGAUGAGAAAACUCAGGCAAAGGCAAUUGCAACUAAUUGAAAAACCAAACAUACUCUGUGAUGCAUUUUUGGAUAAUCUUACUGACUCAGUCAGCGAAGAGAUCCUCUACUUCCUGAGGUGGCUGAAGCUUCAUCUGGAUGAAAUCUCAAGACAAACACUACCGAGUCUACAAAAGGAAUGUAGCCAAAAAUGGAGUAAAAUCCGUGAGUCCGAUGAUGCGACAAAACGUGUCACCUUACAAGAUGAGCUGGAUAAAUGUGAAAUAAAACUAGCUGAAGCUUCUUUUGGGUUAGAACAUUUCACGAGAGAAAUUGCACAGGCCUACGAAUCUGUUCAGUACACGGGAAACGAAGCAUCAGCAAAAACUCGAGAAAGAAUGCAAUGUCUCCCAAGUAUUAUGUCAGAGCUGAUGCUUUUAGGUUACCCUCUGGAAAUAAUGGACGGAGAUGCUGCACAUAUACCAAUGAAGUGGGUACAAGCUGUUCUCAGUCAGCUCACAAAAAGGAUCGGUGAUAAGAAAAUCUUUGUACUUUCAGUUUUAGGAAUCCAGAGUUCUGGAAAGUCUACUUUGCUCAACACUAUGUUUGGCCUUCAGUUUGCAGUAGCUGCAGGCAGAUGCACACGAGGUGUGUUUGCGCAGCUUUUGCCAGUUUGCACAGAGUAUUCUGGUACGAAAUAUGAUUAUAUACUGGUUGUAGAUACAGAAGGUUUAAGGGCAGCUGAGUUAGGCAAAGCCAAGCUCCAACAUGACAAUGAAAUUGCCACCCUGGUUAUUGGCUUAGCAGAUGUGACAAUUGUCAAUGUAAAAGGAGAAAAUGUUUCCGAAAUGGAGGAUGUACUUCAGAUUGUAGUUCAUGCUCUGCUGAAAAUGAGUUUAGUGAACAAGAACCUCAAACUGCAGCCAUCUUGCAUUUUCGUUCAUCAAAACGUUUCUGCUCAGGACGCUGCCCAGAAAUUGAGAACUGGCCAACAGAGGUUCAUAGAAACACUUGAUAAGGCAACGAAAGCUGCAGGAAAGCAAGAGGAUAAACCAAACUACACCAGAUUCAGGCAACUCAUUAACUUUGACAUAAACAAAGACAUUUGGUAUGUAUCGGACUUAUGGAAAGGAGACCCACCAAUGGCACCUGUCAACCCUGGCUACAGUGAGAAUGUAAAUACUGUGAAGCAAAAAUUAAUGACAGACGUAAUGCAGAACAGAUCCUUUCACCUGACAGCUGAUAAAUUUGGUGCUAGGCUGAAAGAUCUUUGGAAUGGGAUUCUGGUUCAAAAUUUUGUGUUUAGUUUUAGAAAUAGCCUUGAAAUGGAUGCUUACAACUCAUUAGAAAGAGAAUUUUCUGAUAUUCUGUGGUCAAUGAAGUCAUCAGCCAUGGAGUGGUUCAAUAGUAAGAGAAAUUUCAUCUCCAAUAGAGAAAAUGAACUGGAGAAAUUGAGUCUAGAUUUGACGUCAGAGUGCAGACAGCAUUUAGACAAAGCAUAUCAGGAGGCAGUCAAGAGACUUGAAAACUAUUUCACCACUCAUGAGGACAGAUCCUUUUUGGAACAAUGGAGAAUAAAUUCAACGUUAAAGUUAAAAUCUAGUUAUGGCAACAUCAUAGAUAAUGUAACUGACAAUGUAAGAUGUGAAAUAGAAAAGAGGAAAAUUCAAGUUGAGCAAAAGAAAGAUAUGAUAACCUAUAUAACUAGAAUAAUGACUGAAGCACAGAAGUUGGCAGAACAACUAAGACUGCAGGCGGGAAAGACAAAUCUGAGUGAAGAAGAGUUGGAAAGGAGGUUCAAGAAAAAAUGGAAUAAAUGGAUGAAAAUGAUACCUCAAAAAGAAAAGGAAGACCUGGAUGUUGUACAGAAAACGAAUGACAUUCUACAGAGACAUUUCUUUCACGAUUUGCCUUUGCUGGAAGAGGUCCAGGAAAGAAGAUGUAAGGAAACUAUACGUGACAACUGUGUAAAAUCCAUAGAAAAUUAUGUCACUGACAGGAAAUUAUUUACUUUGAGCUCCAUACAUCUCUGCCUGACUAAAACGGAAGACAUUGUUCUGAAGUUUAUAAAUGAUUUAUUGGAAAAUGUCAAGGAAAUAGUGAAGGAAAAAGAUAAUAAAAUAAACAAAGGACAAUGUGCACAAAAGGUAAUGGGCAGAGUUAGUGAGACUGUAAAAAAACUGAAAUCAGUCUUGAACUUUACCAAUGUAAAGGAGUUAGAAAUCUGCUUAGCAAUCUUCUCAUGUCAGUAUGCAUCCCAUCCAUACUCCAAGAUAUCUAAAUUGGAGCCUGGCAGAGGGAAGGCUUAUGAAGUAGUCGUACAUGGCAUUCACCCUGAUUUCUAUAAAGCUCUACGUAGAAAGUUUUCACAUCAUUUCAAAGAAGUAAUGAGUAAAAUUGAACCAGAACUCGUACAACAAAGGACCUCUAGAAAUUUCAGUUUUGAUAUCAAAGCGCAUACUCACAUGAAGAUGGUUAAGUCGAACUGUGACAAGCAAUAUAUUCAGCAGCUCAUAAAUAACUUGUUUGCUGAGGUUCAGUCAAUUACUGACAAAGUUCAGCGUUUCAGUGAAGAGUCUAUUGAAGAAAUCAUACGCAUGGUGGCUAAAAUGGAAAGGAAGGGCAGUAACGCCUAUUUCACAAAAUGUUUCAGCAUUGACCUCGUCGAUUAUUUGUGCCAGUCUUGUCUCCCAAAGUUUUGUGAGAAACAAAAGAGGUAUGAAGAAGAUAUGGACCAAAGACUGGUAUACGACCGAGACAAUUAUGGCCCAUGUUUUGAAAGGUUCAAGAAUGUCUUUCGACAGUUCACAGCUGAACAAGCACUUGCUAAUGUUCUGUCAGAACGUGUAGCAAAGGCAAUAGAAAAUGCUGUUAACAUGGACAUGGCCCGGACUCUAGCUGACGACGUUAGGAAUAACGUAAGUCAAUUACAACUUAAACCAGCUUUUCUGAAAUCAGUCUUACGUGAGCUUUUAGAAGUAGAUAAGUUCCAUGAGUUUUACCUUUAUCUUAAUCACCUAGAUUUCUGUUUACAGAAAUGGGUAUGUUAUUACAUAGACAGAUAUUUGUUCACGAAGCAGAAUGCUAUCCCGAACAGGUACACUAAGAUUGCUUUUCAGAAGAUAGAAAGCUUCACGUCAGAGUUUUGUGAAAUCAUGGGACAAGUUCCAUGCAACAAGGAAAAUUCCCUUACUGCAUGGAUUGAGGAUUUACAUUAUAGAUUAAAGGAUAAAUUAGCAUUACCUCUAGAUGAUUUGCUGGUUCUAGCAGAAGGUUAUGAAAUUGCUUCAUUUGAAACUUUCACUGGGUAUUUCAGGAAGCAAGUACUUGAACACCGGAAGACAAUGAGAAAAACAUUUGAAAAACACACACCAACUGACCACAAGGUUACCCAGGAAGACAACGUGUACAAAUUGAUUGCUGCUGAAUGUAAAGGGUGCACGGAAAAAUGUCCUUUCUGCUCUGCUCCGUGCUCCCUUAAUACGCCUGGUCACACAGAAGGAGAAGGAGGAGUAAAUCACAUUGCGGUGGAGCAUUACCCACAAGCAUGCGGAGGGUACGUGUGUACAGACUCUCGGAAACUUGUUACAGAAAACUGUACAAUAUUGGUUGCUAGUAACGCUAGAUUUCGUCGUAGAAAAACAAUCAAUGAGUACCAUCCAUAUAAAGAUUACAAGGAAAUAUAUCCUGACUGGGAUAUCCAUGGCGAUGUGUCGGUUGAAGCAACACCCUACUGGAAAUGGUUCUUGGUGAGGUAUGCAACCCAGUUAGCUGCAGUAUUUAAAGAAGCAGAAAGGCCUGACAUUCCGUCCUCAUGGACACACAUUACCAAAGAAGAUGCAAUUAAUUCUCUUGGGUUAUGAAGGGUGGACAAAAUGAUGUUGUCGCAUGCGUACUUGUGCGCGAUACGUCUCUUUGGGCAUAACAUUCUGAUGCCAGCUCUUUUCUUAUUGUGCAUCUAUUGGAUAAAGCUGGCAUAUCAAGAUUACGGUCGGAAUAUACUUUGAAUUUUAUAUUGACAGUGAUUAUUAUCUUUGGAGAUUGACUCAGUCCCUGGGAGUUCUUGAACUUAAUUCCUCUUCUGCCUCUUCUUUCAAGUUUUCCUUGGAUGAAGUGGAUCGGGAAAUUUUCCAAUAAUAAGCUGUUAACCCCACAGGAAUGAUGGGAAAACGUACACCUCAUGACAUUGUCUCACUUAUUUCUAUGAAUGUUCAAGUCUGUGAAACGUCGUGAAAAAGGUUGAAUUUAGGAGGGCUGAGGUCCAUAUUUCCUCGGAAUCCUCUGGAAACUGAUAAUGGUCUUUGCUAAGCCCUACCUUAGAGUAAGUGGUCAGUGUAUUCCCCUUUCUCGUGUUUCCUGUCCUCCAGUCGUUAAGUCACAGCUUUCUCAAGUGUCUUGGUUCAGAACAUCUGUCCCUCGUGCAGUUGUUCAACUUAUGUAAAAUACCAUUUCUCUCUCUCUCUCUCUCUCUCUCUCUCUCUCUCUCUCUCUUUUCUUCAGGUUUAUGUGGUGCCAAAUCUCGGUUGCUACUUUAUACAAAGCCACUGAGUCAACAAUCGCCUUUUAAAACGUUCAAGACUAUUAUUAACAUUGAACAUUAUGAACAAGAGGCCUGUAAUAUCAACCUAUACUUCCCCGUGAAAAUGGCAAGGAAUGCUGGCCACUCUUUGCAUAUUCUAUUCUAAAAUUUAUUUCGAUUCACUAAAGAGAUAUUAAAACACGUUGCUAGGAUUCCGGAGCCUCGCUUGAGACUAAUACGAGUAUUACACUGGUCAAGUAUUAAAGACCUCAAUUUGACUUGCCUACCGUCAACUUACAUGGCUUUAAACGCUCAUGCAAGGAGUGCAAAUAUGUCUGCUACCCCCUGUUUUCCAGACUCCUGUGUUUUUACUUGCUCUCAUUCCUUCCCUGACUGGCUCUCUUGUCUCAUUUAGUUAAUUAAGCCUUAGCUACUUUUGAUCUUGAAUGUUUUCCUUAUUUUAUAAUCACUGAUCAGCCUGUACAAUUUCUACAUGAAAUAUGGAACGGUGAUUCAGAUUGUAUUUAAGUGUGCUCUUUAUUAUUACGUUUUCUGAUAAUCAGCUCCUGUGCAUCAGUUAUUUACGAGUGAUUAACCAAGUUGUCGAAUGCCGUUGUUGCAAUUUACCUGCUCCCCCCCACCCCCACCCCCACCCACCCACCCGCCCACGAUCCCAAAAGGGCAUCAGCCUGACUUUCCUUGCUACUCAAAGAAAGUUCUGGUAUUUUCCAAAAGACUGCAGAGUAUGGGAUGCCCAAAUAGCUACGUCAAAAUAAACAAACAGUUGGUGAGAUCAUAAACUUUUAAUGCAUGUCAGGAAUUAACUUUCAGUACACAAACUUGUCUCUUUCAUUACUGCUGUCAUAACUAUCAGCUGAUCGAGUGCGGUUUUCACGGUUAGUGCUCAAAUAACAACGAUUCUUUUGCCUGAAACAAUCGGGAUGUAACGGAAUCCGAUCUUGUUAGCAUUUGCAUAACUCUUGUAACAUAUGAUUUUUAAUUUUAAGGCUAAUCUAUACAUUAUAACCAUCCCAUUCAGAUCUCUCCUAGAUGUGACCAGUGACCCCUAAGGUUUUUCGGGGGUCGUUAUCUAGGACAAAUAUUUCUUGGAGGUCAUUACCUUUAUAUGGUAUUUACAGUCUUUUAUUUAUGUUUUUAUGGUCAUCCCUAAACGGGUUCGUAUACCAAACACACCGCAAAGGUGGAUACAUAUACUGUGUUAAAACCCUUGGGUUUAUCUAAGAAUUGUCUUGACAUUUUUUCUCUGAAUAAAAACCUGAAUCAU